AUGAGCGGGGUGUGGGGGACCGGGGGGCCUCGGUGCCAGGCGGCGCUCGCGGUCCUGGCUUCUCUGUGCCGGGCCCGGCCGCCCCCUCUCGGGCUGGACGUGGAGACUUGUCGGAGCUUCGAGCUACAGCCCCCAGAGAGGAGUCCGAGCGCGGCCGACACAGGCACCUCUGUCAGCCUCCUCGCAGUGGUAGUUAUUGUGUGUGGCGUGGCCCUGGUGGCAGUUUUUCUCUUUCUCUUUUGGAAGCUGUGCUGGAUGCCCUGGAGGAACAAGGAGGCCUCCAGUCCCGCUUCUGCUAGCCCUCCCCCGGAGGCCCCCCAGAGCCCCAGCUCCGGAGGCAACAUGGCGGACAAGCUGAAGGACACCAACAGCCUGGGCUUCCUAGAGGCGGCCGUGAAGAUCAGCCACACGUCCCCAGAUAUCCCGGCCGAGGUGCAGAUGUCGGUCAAGGAGCACAUCAUGCGUCACACGCGGCUGCAGCGACAGACCACAGAGCCAGCAUCGUCUACCAGGCACACGUCCUUCAAGCGCCACCUGCCACGGCAGAUGCACGUGUCCAGCGUGGACUACGGCAACGAGCUGCCCCCCGCGGCGGAGCAGCCCACCAGCAUUGGCCGCAUCAAGCCCGAACUCUACAAGCAGAAAUCGGUGGACGGGGACGAUGCCAAGUCCGAGGCUGCCAAGAGCUGCGGGAAACUCAACUUCAGCCUGCGCUAUGACUACGAGAGCGAGACCCUGAUCGUGCGCAUCCUCAGGGCCUUCGACCUCCCCGCCAAGGACUUUUGCGGCAGCUCUGACCCCUACGUCAAGAUCUACCUCCUGCCUGAUCGCAAACGCAAGCUGCAGACGCGGGUGCACCGCAAGACCCUGAACCCCACCUUCGACGAGAACUUCCACUUCCCCGUGCCCUACGAGGAGCUGGCAGACCGCAAGCUGCAUCUCAGCGUCUUCGACUUCGACCGUUUCUCCCGCCAUGACAUGAUCGGAGAGGUCAUCCUGGACAACCUCUUUGAGGCCUCCGACCUGUCCCGGGAAACCUCCAUCUGGAAGGACAUCCAGUAUGCCACCAGUGAAAGCGUGGACCUGGGAGAGAUCAUGUUCUCGCUGUGCUACCUGCCCACAGCAGGCAGGCUCACCCUCACAGUGAUCAAAUGUCGGAACCUCAAGGCGAUGGACAUUACAGGCUAUUCAGAUCCAUAUGUCAAAGUGUCCCUGCUUUGUGAUGGGAGGAGACUGAAGAAGAAGAAAACAACCAUAAAGAAGAACACUCUCAACCCUGUCUACAAUGAAGCCAUCAUCUUUGACAUCCCCCCAGAGAACAUGGAUCAAGUCAACCUGCUCAUCUCAGUUAUGGAUUACGAUCGAGUGGGCCACAAUGAGAUCAUAGGAGUGUGUCGUGUGGGGAUCAAUGCCGAAGGCCUGGGCAGGGACCACUGGAACGAGAUGCUGGCGUACCCACGGAAGCCCAUUGCACACUGGCACUCCUUGGUGGAGGUAAAGAAAUCCUUCAAAGAGUGGCAGGGCCGGGCUGCCAGCUUUGACAGUGAGAGCUCCUGCCCGUCCCCGAAACCACCUCCCACACCAUGA